UAAGAUUUAUUUAUAUGGCGGAUAUUGAGAAUACUGAAGCCAGCGAAAAUGGAGAUUGGUCUGCUCUUCCUUCUCUGGGUCUCGCUAUGCGGAGCUAUCUUCGUCUUCCUCUUCUCUUCCUUCACUACCCGAAAGCUCCCUCCCGGCCCGCCGGCAGCUCCUAUUAUCGGGAACCUAUUAUGGCUCCGCCGAUCUUUGAAGAUCCAAAAUCUAGAAUCCGUCCUCCACAAUCUCCGAGCCCAGUACGGCCCCAUCGUCACGCUUCGCAUCGGCUCUGUUCCGGCGAUCUUCAUCACCGACGGUUCUCUCGCCCAUAAGGCUCUCAUCGAGCACGGUGCCACUUUCUCCGACCGUCCUCUUCCUUUCUCAGCCGCCCGCCACCUCUCAAGCAACCAACACAUCAUUUCCGCCGCUGCCUACGGUCCAAUUUGGCGGCUUCUUCGCCGGAACCUUAUUUCCGAGACCCUACAUCCUUCCCGUGUCCGCCUCUUCGCCGAUGGCCGCCGCUGGGCCUUCGAUAUCCUCGCCGAUCGCCUUCGUGCCCAAUCGGAAACUGACGACGGAAUCGUUGUCCCUAGAGAUAUCUUCCAGUUCGCGAUGUUCGGUCUUCUCGUGCUGAUGUGCUUCGGGGAGAAGCUCGACGAGAAGGUUAUCCGAGAAAUUGAGAUCGCCCAGAGAAAUUUCCUUCUCCAUGCCAGUAAGCUCACUUUUCUACCUUACCUCCCGGCGAUCGCCGGCUAUUUCUUUCGUAAAAAGCUAAGAACUGCUACAGAAUUACGUCGGAAGCAGAAAGAAGUAUUUUGCCCCUUGAUUAAAUCUCGUAAGGAGCGCAAGAAAGAAAUUAAUCCGGGGAGUGAGAUGCCAAUCUGUUCAUACCUCGACUCUCUGCUGGAGAUCCAAUUACCGGAAGAUGGUGGAAGGCUUCUAAACGAAGACGAAUUGGUAGCGCUCUGCUCAGAGUUUCUGAACGCCGGAACCGAUACAACAUCCACUUCUCUACAGUGGAUCAUGGCGGAGUUAGUGAAGAAUCAAGCAAUUCAGUUUAAACUCUGGGAAGAGAUCAAAAACCGGAAAGCAAAUUCUGAGGAUUUUGAGAAGAUGUCUUACCUGAGAGCAGUGAUCAUGGAAGGGCUACGUCUUCAUCCUCCAAGCCAUUUUGUUCUUCCCCAUUCUGUAACAGAAGAUAUCAAAUUCGAAGGGUACUUGCUACCCAAGAACGCACCGAUCAAUUUCAGCGUUACGGAAAUGGCUCUGGAUGAGAAGAUUUGGGAAGAAGCCGCGGAAUUCAAGCCUGAGAGGUUUAUGGAGGGAGGAUCAGCAGAAAAAAUGGAUAUAACUGGAAGCAGAGAGAUCAAAAUGAUGCCUUUUGGAGCAGGGAGGAGGAUCUGCCCCGGGCUCGGACUGGCCAUUUUUCAUCUGGAAUACUUCGUGGCUAAUCUUGUAAAGGAAUUCGAAUGGAAAAACGUGGAAGGAGAGGAGAUUGAUCUUUCUGAGAAGCUUGAAUUCACUGUCGUCAUGAAGAAUUCUCUGCGAGCUCGAUUGGCUCCUCGAAAGGAAAUCAAUAGUUUCAGAGCUGGAGAGGUAUGAAGACUGAAGUGUUACAGAGAGUGGAAAUUAGUUCCUGGUGCAAGCUUCUUCUUGAUCGCUAAGGCGCUUUUUGGUUGGAAUUUAAAGUGAUUUAAAUUAUCUUAAAUAUGGGGGUUUUAAAAAUUUUAGUAUAUUGUUGGAAUAUGAAGUUGUAAAUAUAGAAUCAUUUUAAUUUUAGUUAUUUUUUGGAG